AUGGAAGGAAUAGCAGAAGACAAACUUAUGGCGCUCAAGAGGGGAAUUGAGGUCAGCUGGGAACUGAUUACAUCUGCAGGUAGUCUUAUACAGACAUUUGGUACUUUUUUGAUUACAGCCUGUUGGAAAAUACUGAAACGAAAGAAUGGUCUCCUCUUUAGACGUACAUUUUCACAAGUUAGAUCUGCUCCCUAUACUUCUGGCUCAUGUGGCCUGAUGCUGUUGCUGCUCUUUGUCUCCACUACUCUUUUAGCCCUUUCGGCUGAAGGCGUUGGAAAUUACCGUCGGUCGAAGAACAAAAACAAGACGAAUCUGUUUACUGAUGUUUAUGAGGUAAUGAAGCAUCGAAAACCGCAUAAUUCUAUUGACUUUGCUGCCUAUAAAGACUGGCCGGCGAGCUAUUUACACUACAACCCAGGAUUCACUAGAGACUUUCUGAUUCCAGGAUUCAAUCUAAGCGAUUUUUUUACCUUUUACGCUCAUAUUAUGCAAGAAAAUCUUUCGGAUGUUUUACCAAUACUCAACACAGAAACGUUUCUUUCUAAGAGAUUAUGGUUUGAAAGAGUUAUGCUAAAGAGAAAUGAAACAAGCUCUACUACGAGGAGUUUGUUGAAUGCUGGCAAAAAUUCAUUAAUGAGAGAAUAUAUGAAAAUGAAAACAACCGUGAAAUAA